UUAUCACAUUCGUUACAGGAGGGCAACGUUGAUAGUUCCGUGGUGACCACUGCACAACCUGAAGUCACCACCCAAGAUGCCAAGACAGAGCUGCUGUACAAAGUGGACGAUGUUCCUCCCUGGUAUAUGUGUAUUCUACUGGGUCUGCAGCACUAUUUGACUAUGGUUGGUGCCACCAUCACCAUCCCCUUUAUCCUGACACCCCUCAUGUGCAUUGAUGAUAGUGAUCCAGCCCGAGGCCAUAUAGUGUCUACCAUCAUCUUCGUCUCUGGCAUUGUCACUCUUCUGCAGAGCACCUUUGGUAUCAGGCUGCCUAUCGUGCAGGGUGGUACCUUCAGCCUGUUGGUGCCCACCAUUGCCAUCAUCAACACUAACUUUGAGAGUUGUGACCAACUGCCGCUGGCCAACAUGACUGCUGAGCAACGUGAGGAGGUGUGGCAGGUCCGCAUUCGGGAAAUUCAGGGUGCCAUAGCUGUGUCUGCUAUCUUUCAGGUUGUCAUUGGAUUCACAGGGCUGAUGGGCGUCCUGCUAACAUGGAUCACACCCUUGGCCAUCGUUCCUACAGUGACACUCGUAGGACUCUCACUGUUCAGUGUGGCAGCAGACAAGGCAGCAUUCCACUGGGGCAUCUCCUUCAUGACAAUAGCGCUGAUGAUCCUGUUCUCUCAGUACUUGAGGGAUGUGGCUGUGCCCUUCCCCACCUACAACAAAAACUCAGGUUGUGCGGCCUCUUACGUCUACAUCUUCAAACUCUUCCCGGUGCUGAUGGCAAUUGUGCUCUCAUGGGGGUUCUGUGCCAUUCUUACAGCUGCUGAAGUAUUUCCAGAAGGCAACAAGGCCAGGACAGACCUAACUACAGGCCUUCUCAGACAAUCUUCCUGGUUCACGUUCCCUUAUCCAGGUCAGUGGGGUUUGCCGACAGUAUCCGUCUCUGGGGUGUUUGGCAUGCUGGCUGGUAUCCUUGCUUCCAUGAUCGAGAGUGUCGGUGACUACUAUGCAUGUGCCAGAAUUGCAGGAGCUCCACCACCACCUAUUCAUGCUGUAAAUCGAGGCAUUGGCAUAGAAGGCAUCGGGUGUAUCAUAGCAGGAGUGUGGGGUACAGGCAACGGCACUACCUCCUACUCUGAAAACAUUGGAGCCAUCGGUGUUACAAAGGUGGGAAGCCGACGUGUCGUGCAGACUGGGGCAAUAAUUAUGUUGGUCUUUGGGAUGCUGGGCAAGGUGUGUGCACUGUUUGUGACGAUCCCUGAGCCUGUAGUGGGUGGCGUCUUCUGCGUUAUGUUUUCCAUGAUUACUGCUGUUGGCCUCUCCACCCUCCAGUAUGUUGACCUCAACUCCUCCAGGAACCUCUUUGUAUUGGGAUUCUCUAUCUUUUUUGGCCUUUCAGUUUCAAAGUGGCUAGAGAUGAACCCUGGCAUUAUCCAGACUGGGGAGCCUGUGGUUGAUCAAAUCAUAACAGUGCUACUGCAGACCUCCAUGUUUGUUGGGGGUACACUCGGCUUUAUCCUCGACAACACUAUACCAGGAACUCCAGAAGAGCGUGGCCUCCUGAAGUGGAAUGCUCAUCUGCAGAACCCAGAGGAUAAAGAUGAAGACAAUAUACAGAAUCAACAGUUAAAAUGUUAUAAUCUUCCUUUCUGCAUGGAUGCAAUCAGAGGAUGGUCUUGGACAAAGUACAUUCCUGUGUCUCCCACCUUCACUGGCUUCUCAAGAAAAAUAAAAUAACCUUUUAGACAAUGUCAUUAGGUAAUGAUUUUAAUAAUGACCUUGACCAGUGAGGCCCAGCUUAACGUUAACAGAUGAACAAGAAUUCAGUGUAACGAUCUUAGUGGUUUAAGGUAUGAAAAUUAAAUGAAUGAGCUUCUAUUCGAUAUAAUGACCAAAAUUCUUAGUAAACUAGCUUGUAUUAUCAUUCAUGGAGUCGGGCUAGUAAUCCAUUGUCUGUUUAAGCAGCCAGCCAGGCUAAUGCACUCACAGACGGGUUUUCUAUACAGAACUAUGAGGCAGGGGCGUUCCUUGUGCGUGGCAGAAGGGGCAGCCGCCCUGGGCGCCAAGGUAAGGGGGGCGCCAAAUCGCCUAUGAAUUUUUUUUAAAUGUUAUUUUCAAAGGAAGAUAACAAAACGAAAAGAUUACUCUAGCAGAAAAGCCUGUACUACUGCUACACUGGAUAGGUUAAUUCAUAAUCUCCAAUUUAUAAUUAAUAUUGGAUAAAUAAACUUACUCUAGGAUUAAGAGUAAAAUCUGGUCAAUCUGUCAUCAGAAUUGUCCAAGAUUAUUAGUGAAUCUGCUUACUUGGAGAGUAAAAGAAUUUUAUAAGGAAAGGUUAAGCAAGCCACUGGGUUAUGGUAUUUUCUAAACUGAAUGUAGACUAUGUAUGUUUUGAGCAGCAAAUUGGUGAUUACUUAUAGACAGUUAUUCCAGUACUUCCUUAACUGAAUGUAGACUAUGUAUGUUUUGAGCAGCAAAUUGGUGAUUACUUUUAGACAGUUAUUCCAGUACUUCCUUAACUGAAUGUAGACUAUGUAUGUUUUGAGCAGCAAAUUGGUGAUUACUUUUAGAUAAUUAUUCCAUUUCUUGAAGUUAAUUUGUUCAAGCCUUGAUACAACCAUAAAAUUAUACAUCAUCA